UCUUCGGCAUUCCCAACAGCAUGGCGGGAGGGUACCUCGGAGGGGCAGCCGGCCUGGGGGCUGGCCUCCCCCCCCUGCCCACCGAAAUACUCAUGGAUGAAUACAUGUUCGGUCGCAGAAGGCAGCGACGGAAUCGGACGACGUUCACGGCGCAACAGCUGAGCGAACUCGAGGCACUGUUUCAAAGGACGCACUACCCUGAUGUUUUCCUUAGGGAGGAAGUCGCAUGCAGGAUAAACUUAUCGGAGGCUCGUGUGCAGGUCUGGUUCCAGAACCGCCGAGCCAAGUGGCGGAAGCAAACGCGGAUGCAGUUCGUGCAGGACGCGUGGCGGCUCCGCUACCUGGGCCUCUCCCCCCCCGCAUGGCUUACCCGCUCCCCGCCCCCUGGAGGACACGCCAGCCCCCCGCAUGGGCGGAGCCAAGCCGCGCUCCCGUCGCCGCCCCUCCCCCUCCCGCCAAGCUCCGCCUCCGAGUCCACGGCAGGCGGAGACCGGGGCUCAAGCUCCGCCCCCCGCUCGGCCUCGCCCGCCAACACUCCGCCGACGGACCUCAGCACGUCCGACCGCCUCAGCGCUGCCUCUAGCCUGGGAGCUGCCGUGGCAACGCUAAGGUGGCGAGGCGAGGAGCACGUCGGUUGCCUGGGCCCUGGACUCUGCCCCUGCCUCAACCACACGCCCCUGCCAGAGCACCCCCUCCUGCCACGCCUCUCGCUGCCCAUGCAACUCCACACGCACACCUCCCAGGCGGAGAGUCGCCCGGCGUCGCCCGAGAAGCGGCCGCCGCACAGAGAGGCGUCCGACCUCCCGAAGGCGGCGGACGAGAGCGACGACAACGACGAGGAGCUCACGGUCACGCCCGACAGCGAAGACGACCUCACUCCUACUGACCUGUCCUCCAGCGCAACG